AUGGGACGUGACGGGUCUCAGCGGGGCUCCUGGUCCGUCCCGGCGUCCGUCCAGCCUCCGUUCGUCUCCACACUGCCUCCGCCUGCAGACGUCGCCGUCGCCGUCUUCCUCAUCUUCACAGGCGUGGUCUCAGUUCUGGGGAACGGGGCGGUUCUGCUGGUGUCCUGCAGGAAGAGGAAGAAGCUGAGGCCUCCGGAGCUGCUCACCGUCAACCUGGCUCUGUGCGACUUUGGCUUCAGCCUGCUGGGAGCUCCGUGCUUCAUCAUCUCCAGCCUGUGCCACGCCUGGGUGUUUGGUGAGGCCGGCUGCCUCUGGUACGGCAUCCAGGGCUUCGUGUUUGGCAUCGGCUCUCUGUUCACCACCUGCCUGAUCUCUGUGGACCGCUGCCUGAAGAUCUGCUGCCUCCGAUACGGUCAGUGGAUCGAGCGGCGCCAUGUGUUCUGGUCCAUCGCUCUGGUCUGGGUCUACAUAGUAUUCUGGGCCUCCCUGCCGGCCGUCGGCUUUGGAAGCUACGGACCAGAACCUUACGGGCUGAGCUGCACCAUCAACUGGUGGCGGAUCAGAACCUCUGUCAACGACCGGAUCUACAUUCUGCUCAUCCUGACGCUGUGCUUCGGGUUUCCAACUCUCACCAUCAUCUCCUCGUACGUGUUCAUCCUGCUGACGGUGAGAACGGCUGCAGCUCCACAGUUCUGUGUGCGUGGCCCGCACGAAUUCACUAUUAAUCUAAACGUGGUGUGA